AUGGCGGGCUUCAGCAUGAACAAGGUGCUAGGCACCAUGAAGAAACGGCCGACGUUUGGCGGUGGCAGCGCCGCAGAAACACCAGUCGAUCCCGCGAACGAGACCCCUGAAGCAGUCGCCACGCGCUGUGUGAAACAAUUCUGUAACUCGGUGGGAAGUGCGUCGGGCGAUGACGUUGUCUUUCUACCUUCCAUCGUCGAGGCCGCCGUUGCCUCGCCAGUUGCCGCCGCCGAAUGCGCCCGCUUGAUCCGCAAGUUCAUGUCCAAGGACUACUGGACAAAGCCGUCAUGCCAAUAUAACGCCGUAAUGCUGAUCCGCAUUCUGGUGGACAACCCGGGUCCGGGCUUCACGCGGUAUAUGGACAAAAAGUUCGUUGACACAGCCAAGGAGCUGCUGAGGACAGGGCGGGAUGCGAGCGUACGCCAGAUUCUGAUGGAGACGCUGGACUCCUUCGAGAAUACUAGGGCUUCUGACGAGGGGCUGGCGCUGAUGAUCGAGAUGUGGAAGAAGGAGAAGGAGAAGGCCUACAAGGCGUAUGGGGGAGUCCCGGUGGCCCCGGGUCCUAGGGGAAUGAUCGCGCCGCCUUUUGACCCUCGCCACCAGCACCACCAGCCGUACUACCAGCAGUCGCAGCAUCACAGCAAGCGUCUUCCGGACCCGAUCGAGCUGGCCAAUCGACUGGAAGAAGCCCGGACAUCGGCCAAGCUCCUGGAACAGGUCGUGGCGUGUACCCCACCGUUAGAGGUUCUCUCCAACGACCUGAUCAAGGAGUUCGCCGACCGGUGUACGAGUGCUUCACGGAGUAUCCAGGGUUACAUGUCUGCCGAGAACCCCGGGCCAGACAACGACACAAUGGAGAGCCUGAUCGAUACCAACGAGCAGCUGCAGCAGGCCCUGAACCAUCACCACCGCGCCGUGCUGCAAGCAAAGAAGCAGCUUGGUGUCAAUGACGGCAGGUCAAGCAAUUCCAGCCCAGCACCGCCAUCCCAGCGACCACCAGCUGGACAACCUCGCUCGCCACCACCACAAGUGCCAAGAAAGGGGGUCGCCGGAAGCAGCAGCAGCAGCAACGGCAACGGCAAAGGGAAGUCCAACCUCGAUGUAUUACGCAGCUCCGCCAUCGCGGGCCCGUCCAGGUCAACCAACGCGACACCACGCCACGACACCAAUGAGGACGACGAUGACGGCCAAGAUCCCUUCCGGGACCCCGAGCCGGCGGGAUCCUCAUCUAGGGCGGCCGGAAACAUGAGCGGUAGCACGCCACGGCUGUCCUAUGAACCAUUCCAUCCCGGGUUCGGCGGUUCAUCGUCCUCGGCGGCCGCAGGAGGAGAGAAGGCAAGGAGGGAGCCGGCAACAGCGGUGUCGGAUGAGGAGGAGGACGCGUACAGAGCCACGCCGAAGAAGGAGGGGCGUGAGAAUCGGUUUUAA